GGCAGCGGAAGGGUUUGUUAUCCGUGAGGCUUUGCCGUCUGUAAAAUAUUGCAGGCUUGUUAACAAAUAUACGUGCUAAGUUGGUGGGAUAUAUUUUGCUGAAACUUUUCUUAAAGACUGAAAGUAGUUUCGUUGCUACAUUGUAAAGCUGGAUUUCAUUGCUUACAAUGUCAGAAACGUAUGAUUUUCUUUUUAAGUUCCUUGUCAUUGGAAGUGCAGGCACUGGGAAGAGUUGCCUGUUACAUCAGUUCAUUGAAGGAAAAUUUAAGCAAGACUCAAGUCACACAAUUGGUGUGGAAUUUGGUAGCAGAAUAAUCAAUGUUGGUGGGAAGUCAGUAAAACUGCAGAUCUGGGAUACUGCUGGACAAGAGCGAUUUAGAUCAGUGACGAGAAGCUACUAUAGAGGUGCCGCUGGAGCUCUUCUUGUUUAUGACAUAGCAAGUCGAGAAACAUACAAUGCAUUGACGAAUUGGUUAACAGAUGCAAGGACAUUGGCCAGCCCAAACAUUGUCAUAAUCUUGGUGGGUAAUAAAAAAGAUUUAGAUGCAGAAAGAGAAGUCACUUUUAUGGAAGCCAGUCGAUUUGCUCAGGAAAAUGAGUUAAUGUUCUUGGAAACUAGUGCAUUAACAGGUGAAAAUGUUGAAGAAUCGUUUUUGAAAUGCUCAAGAACCAUACUCAACAAAAUCGACACAGGGGACUUAGAUCCUGACAGAAUGGGGUCUGGGAUACAAUAUGGUGAUCCAUCUAAAAGACGAACUCUUCAACCAAGAAAUACUGAUGGCGGAAAGUGCCCUUGUUAAAUGGAAUCACAAGAUGCAAGUUUUUUAUUCUUCAAAGAAUGAAGAUUAAGUGCUCUGAAAUUCAGACAUCUAGUAGAAUAAAAAUUUAUCAAUAUGCAUAAUUAAAAUGCACUUUACUAAACAACUUUCAUAAUUACUCAAGGUUCAUGAACAUGUCAAAAUCAUAAAAUUCCAAUUUUAUCUGAAGCUAAAAAUCAUAGGAUGAUUUCAAAUACGAACUCUUUGAAACUUAAUUCAGACCAUUUAGACUAAGCACUGAUAUGUAUACAUGUAGUUAUGCUGAGUGACACUUGUCGUCCUGGAUGUAUUUAUGUAUAUUGCAUCACAUUGUCAAUUAUAAUUAUAUUAUUACAAACUACAAA